AUGAAUCAGAGUGUGCCUCUGAUUGUUCUUGUAUUGGCUAUAAGUCAUGCCUUUUAUUUUGGGAAUGGUCUUCAGCACAAAGUUGGAUAUCUAGACUGGCCACAGGACUGCGGCAUCCCACAGUUCUUGCCGAAUGUAGCUGGAAGGAUCGUAUCUGGGAAUGAGGCACGUCCACAUUUGCCAUGGCAGGUCUCUCUACAGGUGCGUCCCAGGGGGAGUAGGUUCUACAGCCACAUAUGUGGAGGGACGCUCAUUCACAGUCACUGGAUCCUGACUGCAGCACAUUGCUUUCAGAGAGGGAAAGCAAUGGAUACUGCUAAUUGGCGCAUUGUUCUUGGUAAACACAACCUGAACCAUUCAGAACGAACUGAGAAGAUCUAUCGUGUGAAAAGAGUUUACAAACAUGAACGCUUUCGCUACCAGCUCCAUAGUGAAAUUGACAAUGACAUUGCCUUGGUCAGGGCAGCAGCGGACAUUUCGCAAAGCAACUAUAUCCGAUAUGCUUGCAUGCCCAAGAAGGACAGCCAACUGCAGCCUGGUCAACGGUGUUGGGCCACAGGGUGGGGUGCAACCAGAGUACAAAAGGAAAAUGUCACUCUAUCUGAAGUGCUGAACCAAGCCAGAUUGCCAAUCAUUGAUCAUCAGACCUGCAAAAUGAAGAAGUUCUGGGGGGAUCGAGUGCGUAGCACAAUGAUUUGUGCUGGCUUGAAAGAUACAGAGGGGCCUCCUGCCGCUUGCCAGGGGGACUCUGGUGGUCCUCUUCUCUGUCAGAACGGCUCAGGGAAGUGGGAAGUUCAUGGUGUGGUCAGCUUCGGACCCACUGGCUGCAUUGGUGAGAACAAGCCCAGUGUAUUUACCAGAACCACUGCCUACCUCCCCUGGAUUGAGAAAACAAGGAUACGGGAUUAUUUCUUAGACUGA